AUGAUUGCUUCAAGUUGUGAAGAAAGUGCUUCUUCAAGAUCAUUAACUCCAUGCGUAAGAGGCAACAUGAAUUAAAAUUCUUUAAAAGUAUUAUUGAAUUAUAAUUAAUAAAUUCGUAAAAUAGUUCAUCCAAUAGAUAUUAAAUAAAUUACAAAUAUAAAUUCAGAUUUAAAAUAAUUUUUUAAAGAAUAAAAUUUAGAUCUAUUCAAAAAAUAGAAUAAAUCUUUCAGUAUUCUUGAAGAACUUAAUUCUAUAAAAAUGCAUAAUCAUUUAGAGAAUAAUUGGAAUUUAUCUAAUAAAAAAGCUAUGUUCAUUAAUUUAAAGCAUUAUUAUUUAGCUAUUAAAUAAAAUCCUUUUGAUAAUAUUCCUAUUACUUUUCAUAUAAAAGAAGGUUUAAAUGAUCCUGAAUAUCAUAAAUUUAUGGAAUUUCAUAAACAAAAAGAAGAGGAAUGUAAAGAAAAAAUACGUAUUAGGCUUGAAUGUAAAUACUAUUAAGAUAAAUCUAAAUAAUUGUAAUAAAAAAAUAUGGUUAAACCUAAAAAUAUUUGGAUUAUUAAACCUGGUGAAGUCACAAACAGAGGAAUAGGAAUAACAGUUACUAACGAUUUGGAAUAAAUAUAAUAAAUAUUACGCAAAAAUGAAUAUUACAUUAAUGGAAAACCUAAAACAUAUAUAGUAUAAAAAUAUAUAGAUAAUCCAUUAUUGUAUCAAAAAAGAAAAUUUGACAUUAGAUGUUAUUUAUUAAUCUGUGUAGUAAAAGGAAAUUUAAAAGCAUAUUGGUAUUAAGAUGGAUAUAUAAGAACAAGUUGUAAAGAAUUCAACUGUAAAAAUUUAACAAAUCGAAUGAUACAUUUAACAAAUGACGCAGUUUAAAAAAAAUGCGAUGAUUAUGGAAAAUAUGAACUUGGAAAUAAACUUUCUUAUAAUGAAUUCUAAAUAUAUAUAGAUUCAAAUUAUCCCGAAUAAAAGUUUAAUUUUCAUUAAUAAGUUUAUCAGAAAAUGAAAUAAUAAGCAUUAGAUUGCGUAAAAGCCACUUUUUUAAAAAUCGAUCCUUUAAGAAGGGAAAUGUCUUUUGAAAUUUUCGGACUUGAUUAUAUGAUUAGUGAUGAUUUUAAAACUUGGCUUAUUGAAGUUAAUACUAAUCCUUGUUUAGAAUUAUCUUCGCCUUUAUUAGCUAAAAUAAUCCCUAAUAUGAUUGAAAAUUCAUUUAGAAUUGCUAUUGAUCCUAUUUUUUCACCUCCUUAACCUAAUGUUUGGAAUAUUGAUAAAAAAAAUUAUGUUCCUGAAAAUUUUCUGGAAAACAAUAAAUUUUUGCUUAUUUUUGAUGAAAAAUUUGAUGGACCUUCUUUAAAAGAAAUGUUUAAAUUAAAUACUGAAUAAGAUUAAUAAAUUAUUAUCGAAGAAAAUGAUGAAGAAGAAGAAUAAGAAAUAGACGAUGAUUGA